GACCCCGAUGGCCGCACCGGCUGAAGAGCUUUGUGGCGCCAGGGCGGUGACGAAUGUGCAGACGGAGCUGCGCAGCUUCAAGGAAGCAGCCCUUGCUUACCUCAUCCUAGCGCACGACAAGUUUGUCCAGGUUCGCCGCCUCGUUGCACGGCUGCUGCCUCCAUCAGACGGACUGGCACUGGUGCACUUGGACCAGAAGGUGGCGACGGAGAGCCAACUCGAGGACUUCCGGAGGUGGGCUGCCACGUCCUUCGACAAUGGACGCGAGCGUGUGCGGAUCUUUAGCGAGUUCUCCGUGCACCGCGGCGGGCGAUCGAUGCUGGACGUGCAGCUGCGUGCCAUCGCGCUCCUCCUGGCCAGUCCCGUCGCCUGGGAGUACUACAUCAACCUCAGUGAUACGCAUUACCCAGCCGAUGCCGCUAGCUGGUUCGCCUCCUAUCUGUGGCUUCACCAGGGCACGAAUUAUGCCAGGAUCACCUCCACGAAGUACUACGACCCGACCCUGCAAGGCGGCCGCCAUGCGACCUACUCGGGGCCACGGGCCGAGGAUGUCUACAUCGCCUGUGAUCGCUCCUUGGCCUUCGAAUGCGACGGCCAACUCUUCUCCCUGACGCCAGGCGAGAAGUUCCCGGCGCUCUUCGCUGGAGUCACCUCUGCUUCGGGGCCGGAGUGGGUUAUUCUCAGCCGCUCCUUCUUGGCAUAUGUGGAUGAAGGCCUGAAAGAGGGCGCAAGUUUGGUCUCCAGGCUGUAUGACGACCUCGUCUCUCUCAGCAUUCCCGAGGAGACCUUCUUUCAGACACUGCUUCUCACGUCGCCUUUCUGCAACACCCUGCUGCGGCACGAGUUCCUGUAUCUGGACUUGUACGAUGCUCCCUGGCGCACGUCGCCUCAAAGCGACUUUCCCUUCCAGAGUCCGAGGCGACUCAACGUCACCCACCUGCCCGAUAUCGCCAAAGAGAAGCCAUGGUUCGUGCGGAAGAUCGACGCUGCGCAGCCGGGCUCCGCCGCCUUGCGGGCGUCCCUGGAGGCUGCCAUCACCCGCCGCAGCCGAGAUGGAAGGUGGCUCGCAGCCCGAAUCCCUCGGCCGCUGUCGCGCGCCCUCGGUACGGAACUGCAGGGUGCCGAAUUCCGGCAUGCCGUCGCCGUUUCGGCGCAUUUGGCGCCGAGAUGCAUGCGGGUCCGGCUCAUGGGAACUCCACAAGGAGGCCCCAGCGGCCCUUCACUGCGCCGCGCCCGGGCGGCCGGGUCCCUGCUUCUGACGGAGCGCGCCGCCGUGGCCCGGAGGGAAGCGCUUCCGAGGGAGGUCUUGCCGCCUGUGGUCGCACUGCGAGUCGGCUGCGGCUGGGACGAGGAUGCGUACCAGUUUCGCGGUGACGUCUCACUGAUCGACGCCAGUGACUGCCCCAACGCGAGCCUCGUCUCCUACCUGAACAAUGUGGGGUUUGAGGGCGAGGUCGCCAUUCAUUGGUACCUGGACGGGCACUUGCAGCGCCAGUCCGGCGGGAAGAUCCCGAAAGGUUUCAGCAUGUUCGUGGACAAUCUGCGAGAUCCAGUGCCCGGGCAGUGGUCUGUUCGUUUGACAGAUGUGACUUCGGGACACAGGAUUGGAGAGCGUGGCUUCAUCGUUUAUGAUGCCCGCGAUGUGGGGGCCCUGGGGGCCCUGGGAGCUGGCAUGCCGAAGACUCUGAGGCUUCUCAGCCAGCUCGAGGGUACAAUGCUCACGAUUCCUCCCUCUUAG